AGCAGUGAGGGGUAGUGAGCAUGUGCUGAAUAGUGAGCAUGUGUGGAGCAGUGAGUGCCACUGAGCAUGUGCAGAGCAGUGAGGGGCAGUGAUCGCAGGAGAGUGAGAUUGUUCGGCACGGAGCAGUGAGUUACAAGGACAGAAGUACAAUGACAACUCCCUGCAGGGAACUGGCUGAUUAUGAGAAAUUACCUGACCAAGUGAGAAACACAGUGGAAGGUCUCAGGCGAGAUGGAUUUGAGGAACCUUCCCCUUUAUUCCGCUGUCUGGUGGCUGAACCCACAGAUGGAGAUGUAAAAGUCAAUGGUCCGGCGCUGGUAGGUUUCGCUCUUUGUUACAUUACGUACAGCACGUGGAAAGGGCGCGCUCUCUAUAUGGAGGAUCUGUAUGUAAUGCCCCAGUACAGGGGCAAAGGAGUUGGGUCCCAGCUUCUAACAGCGGUCGCUGAGAUGUGUCUGUCUCUGGGCUGUUGUCACCUUCAGUUCUCCGUCCUCGACUGGAACGACCUGGCCAUAUCCUUCUACCAUUCCCGAGGUGCCAAGGACCUGUCCCAAGCUGAAGGUUGGCGCAUGUUCCGACUCCUGCCAGAUGAUCUCCACCGAAUGGUCUCUGCCCACCCAAAAUCUGGUACUGCUGAACCUUGAUAAAGGGAACCCUCUUUAUCUCAGAACCUAUCACUGCUGGACCUGUUAACUCUAAAUAUGGCCACUGGGCCUCUGAUAACCACUGACCUGCUGCUCCUGCUGGUGGAGCCACAAGCACUGCCCAUGGUGAUACUCAUGUACCUCACUAUACUGCCCUACGUAGUAUUACUCAACUCCUUACCUACCAGCCUAGUCUGUGUGUAAAUCUCCAUGUGUCUUCAAGAGUAAAUGAAUUUCAUUAGAAUGGCUCCAUGAACAUCAUUGAUGGCUUUUUAUGGUCCCCCAACCGACGUCCUUGUUCUAGUCUGUUCCUCCUUUUGACUUGUCCUUCUCUUCAGAACUUCUUAGUUGUACCAGUCGCAAUUUCAGAACUGGGCUGAACCGUGUGGUUAUUCCGGGUUCAGUCACUGGGUGUCGCCUCAGGCCAAGAUGUUUCCUGAACAAACAUUAUGACUUGCAUCACAUGUUAUUAUAAAAGCAUCAGCCCGAAUUCUAGAACCUAACAGGACACAUCAAGUGGCUAUGGGAAAUAAAUGCCCCCACUAAAAGGAAGAGUCAUGGUGGAAGAGUCAUGGUGCGACUGAUGCACCGGAGAAGCUCAUGGUGGUCUACAGUUUAGGAGAAUAAAAGUUCCAUCAGCUCA